AUGCGAAACGCUACUAUUGAAACUGCCUGGCAACACCAGACUUUAGAGUCCGUUGAGCGCUUUAUCUCUUCGGACUACGUGUCAUCGCAACUGUCUCUACAGAACUAUGUCUCCAACGAAUUCGAUACCUCAUCGCCAGCAAGUUUCUUCGACUCCACAAAUCCCAAGACAGGCAAACCGUUCGCCAGAGUCCCCAUCAGUAGCGCUGCCCAAGUUGACCACGCGCUUCGGGCUGCUACAGAUGCUUUCAAAACAUGGUCCAAGACGACGGCAGCCUACAGGUCUAGCCUACUUGAGCGUGUUGCGCGCCUCAUAGAGGAGAAUAAAGAAUUGCUCGCGGUUUGGGAAAGUAUAGAUCAGGGCAAAACUCUGGCCAGAGCGAGAGUCGAGGUAGAUCGGGCUGCGACAAACUUCAGAUAUUUCGCAACCUUUAUUCUGCACCAAGAGAAUGCCGUAAGGAUGAUAGAUGGAGUGGCACUUACCUACGAACAUCGCUCACCUACUGGCGUAUUUGCGCUCAUCUCUCCAUGGAACAUGCCUUUAUACCUGCUAACCUGGAAGAUCGCGCCGUGCCUUGCUUUUGGAUGUACAGCGGUCGCGAAACCAUCCGAGUUCACUUCCAUGUCUGCAUUUCUGCUCUGCGAGAUAUUUCGACAGGCAGAGAUUCCACCUGGUGUUAUUAACAUAGUUUUCGGUGACGGGGCAACCACAGGCUCUCGACUUGUACAGAGUCCGCUCGUCAAGGGCGUCUCUUUCACUGGUAGUACAGCAACAGGGAUUAAGAUCCGCAGAGAUACUGCAGAUCAGAUCUAUAAACAUAUUUCCCUCGAGUUAGGUGGCAAGAAUCCAACUUUGGUCUUCGAUGAUGUGGACAUGAACAAGGCGGUGCAAACCGCUGCUACAGCUGCAUUUGAAAAUCAAGGAGAGAUUUGCUUAUGUGGUUCUCGCAUCUACGUCCAAUCCCGUAUCUACGAUGCAUUUGUGACCACAUUUAAAGCAUAUGUUGAGGCAAAUUAUAGAUGCGGCGAUGGUACUGGCGCUGUAGCCUCGUUACAACAUUAUAAGAAGAUAGUAUCAUAUCUUGCACUGGCGAAAAAGGAGAAUGCCACUUUCAUCACGGGAUCCGUGCCACCACUCAAGCCCAGCCAUGGCUAUUGGAUCGAGCCAGUAGUCUUGACAGACGUCAGUCCAUCCUCGCGAAUCAUGCAAGAUGAAAUAUUUGGUCCUGUCGUCACAAUCGCGAGGUUUGAAACUGAAGAAGAAUGCAUCCAGUUGGCCAAUGACAGUGCGUACGGACUUGCCGCUAUUCUCUUGACUAAGGAUGGCGCACGGAUGAGACGCGUCGGUGAGCAACUUGACUCGGGGCUUGUUUGGGUUAACUGUUGGUUGGUCAGGGAACUCAGCACGCCUUUUGGUGGGAUGAAGAAUUCGGGCACGGGGCGAGAAGGAGGAAACUACAGUCGCGAUGUCUUUACUGUCGUGAGGACUCUUCAUCUACCUAUGUAG